AUGGGCUUGAAGCUGCGGGGCUUCAGUUCCUACCGGCAGCCGGCUGGGGCCAGUUUGAGGCUCAACUCCGGGCAAUCAAAUUUCAAAUCCCUGUUCAUGGAAACAAAGACAGAAAUGAAUGACUCUGAAAGUUCUAAGGAGGGCCAGAGUAAAUGCAGCGACCAGCUAGAUGGCACAGGUAUGAGCCUGGGGAACAAAAAAGGAGUGAGGGUGACCGGCAAAUAUGUGCCCACAGAGGAGUGGAGCCACCGAGAAAGAGGUCCGUCUAUUGUCCACUCUCCCACCGGCGCCCAAAUAUCUCCAGAUGCCCCCACUGUUAUAUCUAUCGGCCCAGCUCCUCCAAGGACCCCAGAACACUUUGGGGCUCCCAGGGUGGACGAACCUACAUCUGGGGAGGACAGGAGAAGACAGGCGUUGUCUCAGACCAGGAUGUUCUUUGGUGAGAUGGGUGUCCCCCAGCAGACCAUGGAGGAGCUCAAAACCGUCCUGAGGGACAGCUCGAUGCUCGGCAUCAGGGGAAGAAACGACGGUAAACCGGGGGGUCCCUACAAAUACCUCCACCGAGGCGGUAGUGGUGGUGGAGGACCGGACGGGCAUCAGGACGAUGGAAACCCUCAGAGGGCAUUCAGCACCUUCAAACCUCAAUCCGAUGCUUCCAGAAGGGGGCCCGGGCCCAGAGAUAGCACGUCUAUUCAGCAGCCAUCCAGUAUGGAUUCAUCCAGCUCAUUCAGGUCUGCUGCCAACACAAAUAGGCAGCCUGUAGUCAGGACUUAUGCACACACCAGCAGCAGCUCCGGGGGCAGCACUGGAGAUUCUCAUUCUGACAGUUCAAACGACACAGUUGAGUUGUCUGGGAACCAAAAGUUCUUCACAGUCAUGGAGCAGAUUAAGCAGCAGAUUGCCAGAGAAAACAUCAACUUUGUCCGCUUUGAGGCCACUGAUCUUCACGGGGUGUCGAGGUCCAAGAUCGUGCCAGUCCGCUUCUUCCAUGAGAAAGCAGUUUAUGGCGUCCCCAUGCCAAGAAGCUACUUGGAGCUGACCCUGAGCCCAAAGAGCACCGAGGUGGACCAUGCCAGCACAGCGAACUUCAGCAGCGAUGUCCUCCUGAUCCCUGACCUCUGCACCUUUAAAGUCUUGCCCUGGGCGGAGCAGACGGCGCGGGUCAUCUGCGACCCGUGCACCGUGACGGGCGUCCCCCUGCGCACCUCGCCUCGCCUCAUUGCCAAGCAGCUUCUGGGCCAGCUCCAGAAUCUGGGAUUCUCCUUCCACUCGUCCUUCACCUACGAGUGCUGCGUCCUCGGGGCCCCCGACCGGAUUGGCCCGAAGACGCUGCUGUUCCCUGCCACCACGCUUCUCAGCAACCACGACCUGCCUUUCUUCCAGCAGCUGGUGGACAGCAUGUACUGCAUGGGCGCGGACAUAGACAGCAUCGCCUCCGCCACGGGCCCCGGCCAGAUGGAGAUCAACUUGAGGCCGGAGUUCGGGAUAGCCGCGGCCGACAGCGCUUUCACGUUCCGUACCGGCAUCAAAGAAAUGGCUCGCAAGCACAGCUACAUCGCCAGCUUCUUUACCGACGACGGCCUGUACAACGCCGGGGUGCUCUCGCACAGCCUGUGGGACGCCAACGGCCGGCGCAGCCUCUUCCACAGCGGCGAUAAGGCCGGCGAGCUUUCGGACAUCGGGAAAAAAUGGCUGGCCGGGCUCCUGACGCACUCCGCCGCGCUGAGCUGUCUGAUGUCCCCCGGCCUGGGCUGCCGGAGCCACAUCGCCAAGACCGUCAAAGACCCCAAGCGAGUGCUCUACGCCAGCUGCGGCUGCAACGACAACAGCAGCUCCUUCAACAUCAAGUGCCACGGCGGGAGGGAGACGCACAUCGACAACAAGCUGGGCUCGGCCAUGGCCAACCCCUACAUCGUCCUGGCCGCCACCGUGGCCGCGGGGCUGGACGGCAUCAGGAGAAACCUGAGCACCGAGAGCACUCUGAACAAAGCCCCCAGCCAGCAGAAGGAGUUUGCCAUUCCGGUGAAGCUGGACGACGCCCUGGAGGCUCUGGGGGAGGAUGGCGUCAUCUGCAGUGCCCUGGGAGAACCUUUCGAGAAAGCAGUUUAUGGGGUCCCCAUGCCAAGAAGCUACUUGGAGCUGACCCUGAGCCCAAAGAGCACCGAGGUGGACCACGCCAGCACAGCGAACUUCAGCAGCGAUGUCCUCCUGAUCCCUGACCUCUGCACCUUUAAAGUCUUGCCCUGGGCGGAGCAGACGGCGCGGGUCAUCUGCGACCCGUGCACCGUGACGGGCGUCCCCCUGCGCACCUCGCCUCGCCUCAUUGCCAAGCAGCUUCUGGGCCAGCUCCAGAAUCUGGGAUUCUCCUUCCACUCGUCCUUCACCUACGAGUGCUGCGUCCUCGGGGCCCCCGACCGGAUUGGCCCGAAGACGCUGCUGUUCCCUGCCACCACGCUUCUCAGCAACCACGACCUGCCUUUCUUCCAGCAGCUGGUGGACAGCAUGUACUGCAUGGGCGCGGACAUAGACAGCAUCGCCUCCGCCACGGGCCCCGGCCAGAUGGAGAUCAACUUGAGGCCGGAGUUCGGGAUAGCCGCGGCCGACAGCGCUUUCACGUUCCGCACCGGCAUCAAAGAAAUGGCUCGCAAGCACAGCUACAUCGCCAGCUUCUUUACCGACGACGGCCUGUACAACGCCGGAGUGCUCUCGCACAGCCUGUGGGACGCCAACGGCCGGCGCAGCCUCUUCCACAGCGGCGAUAAGGCCGGCGAGCUUUCGGACAUCGGGAAAAAAUGGCUGGCCGGGCUCCUGACGCACUCCGCCGCCCUGAGCUGUCUGAUGUCCCCCGGCCUGGGCUGCCGGAGCCACAUCGCCAAGACCGUCAAAGACCCCAAGCGAGUGCUCUACGCCAGCUGCGGCUGCAACGACAACAGCAGCUCCUUCAACAUCAAGUGCCACGGCGGGAGGGAGACGCACAUCGACAACAAGCUGGGCUCGGCCAUGGCCAACCCCUACAUCGUCCUGGCCGCCACCGUGGCCGCGGGGCUGGACGGCAUCAGGAGAAACCUGAGCACCGAGAGCACUCUGAACAAAGCCCCCAGCCAGCAGAAGGAGUUUGCCAUUCCGGUGAAGCUGGACGACGCCCUGGAGGCUCUGGGGGAGGAUGGCGUCAUCUGCAGUGCCCUGGGAGAACCUUUCGUUCAGUAUUUCAUCGCGCUGAAAAAGUUUGAGAUCGAGACCCAGGAACUGGAUGACGACAGGAACAAAUGCCUGGAGUAUUUCAUUUAGAACAACCUAUUUUAUCAUGAGUGAAACGCACCUCUCCUGCUACCCUGACAGAAGCACAAGUAACAGCUGAUUGAAUAUAAAUCUUUAUUUUACAUUCACGCUCAUACAAUGCUGCCACACAAAUUGAAUUUGUCAGAGUCAUUUUAAAAUAAAGGCACAAGUGCUAAGUCUUCCAGUGCUUUAUUGUUGUCUGGAUUCAGCUUUGAGUGUGAAGCAGCUACCAAAAUACAAGUUUACUUUCUGCGGAUUAACAAGAAAGGGAGAAGUCUCUUCACUGUACUGCGCUGCUCUGUGGUGUGUAAAUACCACCGUGACCUCAUUAGUCAUGGCUGUAUGACCAGUGCAUUUCAGAGAGAACUUCAUGUUCAGUUUGCGUGACCUCGAUAUCUGUCAACUUUACUCAUCACUUCCCCUAUCACACUUUCACCUCAUUAGUUCAACUUGAGUAUUUCGAAAAAACACAUUUUCACAUACUCAAAGUAAUUCCCCGUGUCCCCUGUAUGUUUGCUUUUUUCUUAAUUAGGAUCAUUCCUCAGUGAGUCUAUGGUCUAUCACUGCUUUAUCAGAAUAAGCCGAAGUCCUAAUUAUCCAUGUCUUAAAAACUUUUACGGCAGGGAUAACAAGCUCCAUGAGGGUUCAACAAACUGAAAUGAAAAUAUCUGAACAGCUCAUAAACUGUAUAGAGCAGGGAUAGUUACACACUGGUUUUGUUUUGGCAAUGCAAACUGAGGAUGGAAUCAGGGUCAGAAAUCCAACGUCCACUGCAAGGAUUCCUCAAAGUGCAGUAGAAUCUUGUCAUCCACAAGUCAGAAGCAUUAAGGGCUAACUGAUUGGAGUCUCAGCAGCCCAUGACCCCCCCCCCCACACACACCAAAAACAGUCCUCUGCAUAAAUACAAACUCCUCUUGCUCAAGAGGGUUUAUGAUUUUUCCAACAGAGCGUUGUUGUUUCC